AUGUGGAAUCGAAAUGUAAUCAGGAAAUUAAUACGAUAUGGUAGUGGUGGUGGAGUGUUAACAACUGCUGCUGCUGCUGCUGCUGCAUUAGCAGGAUUUGCUGGUUAUGAUGAAAAUACUGGUAUAAUCAAAUCAUUGAAACAUUCAAAUAUGAGCAAGUGGCAAGUGGAAGGACCUUUAAAGCAUCCUACUGAUGGAGCACUAAUUGCUAAACGGAUUGUGAGUGAUUAUGAUCAUACUGAUUUGAAGUUAAGACUUUAUCAAUAUGAAGCAUGUCCAUUUUGUUGCAAAGUUCGUGCUUUCUUGAAUUAUUAUGGUUUUUCGUAUGAUGUGGUUGAAGUUAGUCCAUUAACUCGAAAAGAAAUCAAAAAGUUGGAUGGUGUUAGCAAGCUACCAACUGUAAUUGCUCAAAUGGAUCGAAAAUUGAGUGAUUCUUCGCUGAUAAUAUCAAUUUUGACAAGUUAUAUGACACGAAGUGAUCGAAGUUUGGAUGAUGUAAUUGAAUUUUAUCCAGAACAAACGAAUGUUAUAAAGGAAACGGGAAAAGAGAUAGUCACACGUCCCAAUAUGUAUAAAAUUAUGACAUCUUUGAAUAGCAUGUCAAAAAUGGAACAGGAAAAUGCGAGGAAAGAAGAGGAAUGGCGUAAAUGGGUUGAUGAUCAUUUCAUUCCUUUGAUAGUACCGAAUGUGUAUCGUUCAUGGAAUGAAUGUAUUGAAACAUUUCGUUGGUUUGGUGAAGCAGGACAGUGGGAUAAAGUGGUACCUGCAUGGGAACGUUAUGCUACCAUUUAUCUUGGUUCAGUAGCCAUGUAUUUUUUGUCGAAAAAACUUCGCAAAAAAUAUGAUGAUGCUGAUGUUCGUCAACUUUUAAUAGAUGCUUGCAAUCAGUGGAUGAAUGCUGUGGGAAAUUCAUCGUUUCUUGGUGGUCAACAGCCUACUUUGGCUGAUUUGGCACUCUAUGGAGCAAUGAAUUCAUUUCUGGGUAGUGCAACAUUUAAUGAACUUUGUGAUAAAACUCAAAUUAAAGCAUGGUUUGAACGAAUGCGUGAAGCAGUUGAUUCGAGAGCAGGAGCAACUUUACUUCAGCAAAGUUGUCACAAGAGACUACAAUCAUAA